CGUUUAAUAAUCCAGGUUGCGUUACUUUUAAUUUUAUGUGAUAGUAGAUCUAACUGGUCAAAGUUUAUCACUAAGUUGUUUACUUGUGAGCUCUGUAAAAUAGUAUAAUAAUAUAACCAUGUAUACGUAUAUAUACAGUUCAAUAACUUUUUCUGUAAGCGUUGCAGAUACUUACUUAUACAGGCGUUUCAUGGUAGUAAGCUAGUGAAAAGGGCGACAUAUUGUUAGACACAAAGGAUGUAUAAGCCUGAUGGUGGUUUUAGUUACUCGUGACUCGUUUCCACUGUCAGAAUGCAGCAGUCCUCCUAUUUGGUCAAUCUCCCAGAACCUGUCUUAUACCAUAUUUGUUGUUUCCUUAUUUCACCCUUUGAUCUUUUAAAUUUUGGAUCCACGUGUAAGCGACUACAUGAAGUUUCGUCACCACCAAGCCUGUGGCUGAAAAUUAUCUUUUCUUGGUGUAAAGGCGUCUGGCAGUGGAUAGAAAUACCAGAAAUUACUCUUCCUCGAGACUGGCUUAUUGAACUUUUUCGUAUCUGUUGCUCAAAAUCCCCUAAAACCCUUCGUGAUUGUCAUAUGGGGUCAGGAGAAGAGUGGGUUCGCACAGAGUCUAAGCAGUUCCGCUGUAUGUUAGGAAUGCUUCGUUACAGCUAUGUUGAUAGAGAUGAGCGACACAACCCUACAGUGCUAUACCGCAGGUGGCUUUUUGAUAUUGGUUUGUAUCGUCGCAUAAAUCCUACCAUAAACUUUGCUAAGGAAGAUUUAGUUCUAGAAAACAGUACAAUAAAAGAGCUGGUUGCUCUAGGACAGGCAAAGGAACGAGAUUUAAGGUCUAGAAAAAGAAGAUUUUCCAACUUGAGUAUGAAUUAUUAUAUCAAGCGAAUAGAAUCGGCUAAAGAUGGUUGGUAUGAAGAUUUAUUUCCAUCUGGACCUCGUGGUAGUCUUUGUCCUUUACUCUUAUGCCCAUCAGAGGUGGGGUACACAUCUGAAAUGUCGGGCACAUCUGGAGUAGCAACUUUGGUGUCUAUUGUUUUGGCAGAUUACCUUUCUCCUCUUUGUCUCAGUGGCGAAAUUACUUUACCCCAGAUGGCACACAUGAUUCAAAAGGCAUGUUAUAGUCUCCGAGUCAACUUAGAAGUCCUUCUGCCUCUUCAACGACAGCAGUGGAACUGUCAGCCUUUUAGACAUGCUGUAAUGAGCAUGGCUUCAGAAGGUUGGCCCUCUCUAGACACUUGGCAACUGGACUUAGAUCAACUUCGAAUUAAAUUACACUGGAGAGGGAUCAUGCAGCAAUGUUCCCAGUAUUUAGAAGAACAUCAUUGGCUUGAUACCAUCAUUGAUAAUAUCAGAGGCCGGUGGAGAAAUGCUCUUUUGGGAGAAAUUAGAAAAGUACUCCAAGGAGAUGAAAAAACACCAUGUACUGUGACUCGCUUCAACCUUACAGAUUGUGAUCUGAUUGGAGGAGAUAAUCGCAGGCAAGAAAUGGCAGCAGCUGCUUUUAUAUCAGACACUGGAGUGAUGGUAACUUGGCAAUUAGUUGGGAAGAAUGACUUUUGAGUGAUAUUUUAUAUUCAGGUAGACUGUAGUGUUUUUCAUACAUGUGUACUAAAUUCACCGACAUUUUGUUAAACCUCUCAAAGCUAGGCUGAGCUUUAAUUAAUUUUUUUAUAUGUUCGCUGUCAAACAAAUCAAUGGUUAUAAAUGAAGUAAAAUAAAUAAAAAUUAAGCCUUAUUAAGAUUUACACUCACCAGAUGGAAGAAAUCUCUGGUAAGAGAAAAGUGUAAUAUUAACAUUAUAGAUGGUGCUAAAUUGAAUGGUGUGUAUUAUAACCAGAACAUUUGACAUAACGAUGAACACGAUGCAUUUUUAAAGCUGUUAUAAUAUUUGUUACUUUAUACAAAUAUAAUUUGUACAUAGUAGCAAGAAGCUUUUUUAAGCAGUAGGAUGUAUAAAACUAUAAUCCUAUCGUAUUCUAAAUGUACAGAACACGAAAGAUAUUUGUUUUAUUACGAAAUUUGUGUUAUUUUUAUGUGGGAUUGUUAAAGUAGUUACCUCAUAUUCUUUACCCAACAAUUAUUUAUAAAAGUUUUGGAUUUUCUUUUUUUAUAAAACAUGUAGUAUUGAACUCAACAUCAUUAUUAUCUAGUGUAUUAAGUAAAAGAAUCUUAUAUAUAUGUGAUGCUGUUUUCAUUUUAGAUUUGUAUCUUAACAGAAAGCUGAGAUUAAAAUUCGUUUUUAU